UUACGUUUGGGGCGAAGCACAUCAGCUGUCAAUGCUUUAAGAAUAGUAAAACAUUUUCGUAACCAUCAAAGUACUGUGCGGUCAGCGUUAUUUUCUUUGCUUGACCAUGAGGUUUGAUGACGUCAUCAAGGAGCUGGGCGAAUUCGGCCCCUAUCAAAAGCGAGUUUUCUUCUUGGUCUGUCUAGUGUCCAUUUUUGGCGAGUUCCAGGUCUUGGUGGGCGUCUUCACAUUGGCCAUUCCUGAACACAGGUGUGCGAUACCUGGUCUGGAGAACGACACGUACGAAAGUCAAGGUGAGUGGCACGUGACUCUAGUGAACCAAUCAAUUCCUUGGCAGAGUGACCAGAACAGGUUCUCUCAGUGUCAACUCUACAAGACCGGCUCAAGCAACGUGACGUCACGGUGUGACAGAUGGGUCUACAGUAGGGAGACGUUUAGGUCUACUUUUGUUACGGAGACGAACAUGGUGUGUGACCGAAUCAGUCUACGAACUUACGCCAACAUGUUCUACAUGGGCGGCUUGCUGAUAGGGUCAUUGACCCUGGGAUCUCUGUCUGAUAUCAUUGGACGUAAGAAAGUGAUGGUUGCUGGGGUUGUUGGGCAGGUUGUCUUCAGUGUGGCGGCGGGUUGUGUCUCUAGCUUCAUCCAGUUCGCCAUCAUGAGGUUCUUUACCAGCUUCUUCCUCAUUGGCGUCUACCUGUCUACCUUCAUCCUAGCCAUGGAAAUCGUCGGCCCCAGUAAAAGAAAGUUUAUCGGGAUUGUGAUCAACUACGUCUGGUGUUUGGCGGGGUUCGUCCAAACAGCCGCGGCCUACGGCAUUAGGGACUGGCAGUUUCUUCAUCUCCUCCUGUCAGUGCCGUCUGCUGUCAUGUUGUCUUACUUCUGUCUGGUCCCCGAGUCACCAAGAUGGCUGGUCAAUGUCGGCCGUGUGAAAGAAGCUUCGGACAUCGUCAGGAAAAUCGCCAAAGAAAAUCAGGCGGACCUCUCGGAGAAAACUUCAAGUCUGCAAGACGUCGAGAUGGAAGGUCAGGGCAACAAAAUCUGGCACAUGUUGACCAUUCCUGUCCUGCUGGUGAGGACACUGGUCAUCUUUUUCAACUGGAUGGUGUGCAGUAUGGUAUACUACGGUCUAAACCUAAACGCCGGCAACUUAUCUGGCAACUUGUACCUGAAUUUCUUUCUGUUGACGCUGGUGGAGCUGUUGUCGUACGUGGUUACCCUCCCUCUGCUGGAUGUAGUUGGACGACGUCUGCUUCAGUGCUGCUUUAUGCUGAUCAGUGGCGUGGCCUGUAUUUCCACCUUGUUUCCUGUCAUCUAUGGGAGCUCAGGUACGGCCUGGAUCACACUGACGCUGUCUCUGGUGGGAAAGUUCGGUGCCUCAGCAGCGUUUGCCAUCAUCUACAUCUACACAGCCGAGCUGUUCCCCACAGUCAUGAGGAACUCGGGGCUGGGACUCAGCUCUACGACUGCCAGGAUUGGAGGAAUUCUCGCCCCUUACAUCGCUGAUCUUGGUAACGUUGUGGGCGGGGACCUGGCUGUGAUCCUCCCUCUACUGAUCUUUGGCUCCCUGAGUCUGGCAGCUGGUCUGUGUGCUCUCAUCCUGCCGGAAACGGCCAACCGGAAACUUCCGGACACGGUCCAAGACGCCAAAAACUUCGGCAGACUACCCAACAACGACAUCAAAGAAAUGCUUGAAGUAACUGAGAAUGAAAUAAAAGUGGAAAAAUUGGACAUCGUCGUAGACGCCAAAUCAGUUGACAGACACCUCGCCAGUGACAACAAGAGCAGUGUAGGGGCUAAUGAAAACAAGAGCAGUGUAGGGGCUAAUGAAAACAAGAGCAGUGUAGGGGCUAAUGAAAACAAGAACAGUGUGGGGGCUAAUGAAAACAAGAACAGUGUAGGGGCUAAUGAAAACAAGAGCAGUGUAGGGGCUAAUGAAAACAAGAGCAGUGAAGGGGCUAAUGAAAACAAGAGCAGUGUAGGGGCUAAUGAAAACAAGAGCAGUGUAGGGGCUAAUGAAAACAAGAGCAGUGAAGGGGCUAAUGAAAACAAGAACAGUGUGGGGGCUAAUGAAACAACUCAAGGAAACACCAACGAGGGUUUUAUCUCUGACACAAGGCAAUAGGUUGUUGAUCACAUUUUAAUGUCUAAUGAAAUAUUUAUUGGAUAAAUAAAAUAACAAUUCUA